AUGAAAUACCUGGUAUUCGUUUUGGCUUAUUUUCUUAUGGUGGAUGUUUGCUGGGGUCAGUGUAACAUGGCGAACUGGUGGUAUAGCUUCGAUAAAAAUGGAUGGUCACUAUGUGACUCAACUAUGGAAUACAUGACAGGAAUGGAACGCAAUACAAAUCGAGGGGACAACGAUAAAAUAUAUCUACUGGAAAAAGCUAAAUGCUGCCAGGCACCUUCGCCGAAUAGAGAGAGCCAGUCAACUUGUUUAAUUGCCGACUGGUGGGUUAAAUUAAAUAGGUGAGUAUUGAGUAACUUAGAAACCGCCACAAUUUUGUAACUAAAUCGAGUCAUUUUCAAGCGGGUUAUAUUUACUACAAUGUAUCUAGCCGAUUUUUUGAAAACCAACCUAACGAAAUUUGCAGUCAUUUGUCUGAGUGAAAAGGCGUCAAAAGGCAUGUUUCUUACAGCCCGAGAAGCUCCAAAAUCAAGAAAUAGCGAGGACAAGGAAAAGAGGAGAAGAGAAAAAAGCAACGGCCAGGAGUUGCACUCUUAGUUUUUAUAAUAGCUACUUUGGAGAAUAGUUUUUGGCCGAAAAAAACUGUUCGACGCAAAAAGGUCCAUUUGGCAAUAAUGUUAUAAAAAAUCCGGCUAGAUAUAUAAUACGGAAAUUUCAGUUCUUUCUUGAAGACUACCUUUAAAUUCAAGAAAGAACAGAAAGAAAAAGAACAUUUUUUUGGAAAUUAGCCUUGUAGUUUCACUGUGAAGCUAUACAUGUGUUCCCAGAGAAGUCAGUAUUGCACAAAGAUCAAAACGUAUCAGACUAGGAGCAGUCUCCUAUUUUCUUUUGAGCUCGGAGAUCGAGAGCACGUGGGAGGGUGGGCGGUGAAGCCGCGAGGAACGAGGGCGGAAGCCAAUCUCUCCUCCGCGUGGCAAAUGAGGAAAGGAGGACGACCGCUCGCGGUCUGAAAAGAUAUCUCUGACCAAAGGCUUUUAAUCCAUUUUAAACCUCACGGUAACGGUAAAAGUUUUAAACUAAGAUAAUUAUGAAUAAAACUGCUCUUUAAUUUAAGUGAAUUGAUAUUUGACAUAAGAUUCAUGCCAUGAUCUUAAUGCCCUACUGGUAUUCUAAACUUUCUUUACUUGUUAUUUGCUUUUUCCUUUUUUUUCCCUAUUUUAUUUUUUUUAAAGUGGUAACAAAUGGGCACUAUGCCCUGAAGGCUACUUCUUGCAAGGCUUGUAUCGUACCAGCGAGGAGGACUGGCUCUCUAACAUUGAACUUGGAAAGUGCUGCAAGCCAGAUAGCUUACCGAACCAAUAUGGGAAGUGUAUAGAUAAAGCCAUUACUACAUCGUUUGAUAAUAAAGGCCUCAGUAGCUGUGAUGAUGGAUACUAUAUGGCUGGAUUUUACAAGGGAUCAUGCAACCGACUCUAUUGCAUAGAAACGCUUAAAUGUUGCAAGAUGUAUAAAAGUGAGUUUACUUCAUAUCUAUCGGGCUCAAUGGGAAUAAUUCUUUUUAUACUGAGCAAGAAAAGAUGUACUAUUUUCCAAAAAAUACAGAAAGUACACGGUAUUAUAGACCAAAAGAUUAGCUUACCUUAACUAUGUUGGUAUAUGUUAUCAAGUUCAUUGUUCUGGUACAUGUGCUAUAUCCAGGUAUUCAAUUCGGGAAAGGUUGAAUUGUCCGACUUCAGUAAUCGUAAAAGCGUUUUAUGAGUAUCGUGAUCGGCAGCCAAGCAAAGAGUUGCGCGAGCGAGGUUGGUAUUUUUUUCAAAAAUCAUUCACUCGUUUUAGCCGAUUAAGCCAGAAAAGUUGUGCGAAAUAAAUGCAUUAUAUCAAAUAAUAUUUGAUUUUUGGUCAAAGACUAUAAAGCAAAUAAUAGAAGUUUCUAAAGUUAUAGUUUUUAGUAUUUGGUCUGUAUGGUCAUCAUGUCUGACCGCACAUGUAUAGGAUUUCGAAGGGCAUGGAUGCAUUUUGGUCGAAUAUUGUCAGAUGACUGGCUAUCCUGUACCAUACACGUAGUGGGCAGUUACAACCAGGCUAGACGGCUUUUUCAGUGAAAUGUAAAAGGAAUUAUAAACGUUGAAAGAAGAAUAUUUCAGCAUUUUGCAAUAUAUAUUUUUUCAGAUUUUUGUGAGAACAACGUAUGCGUGAAUGGAGGUUGCGUCAAUAUGGCAGAAAGUUAUCGCUGCGAGUGCAUCAACGGAUUUUAUGGGAGAAACUGUGAAACAGGUAUUAUUUACCGUCCGUACUCUUUAUGUUCUUGUUGCCAAAUGAGCUAUCCUGCAGCGAUGUCGACCGUAGUCAUCGGUGUUCAUUGAUAAACGGAAACAAAAUUAAUGAGGUUAGCAGUAAUCUGAUUCAAGUAACGCACUGGAUCAUUGCAUAGUGAAGUCAUUUACCUCCCGGAGGUACUCCCUACGACCUAUAAGGAGCGGGGAGGCUCCACCCGAAAGGGGUAAUCUGGGGUACCUUUUUCAAGCUUCAGGUAUAUGAAAGAAUAUUAGAAAGUUUAAGCUUUAUGUAGACGGUAAACGGCAAACGUGAAAUUUAAUUGAGAAUUUCUCAAAAUAGAAAAUGAGCAGAUAAAAACAGCUCAAAACAAUGCUCAUGGAUAAAAAAUUGCGUGAAACUACUAACAGUAAACGUUCAAGUCAAGGGAAAACUUGGUCACGUGAUAGAAAUUCGCGUUUGCCGUUUGGCGUAAACGUGAUACUUAACCUCUUAAUUGCCUUUUUCGUUGGUUGAAGUAUAUAGUAUUAAAGGGUAGGAAAAUCUGUCAUUACGGUAUGUAAGAGAACCUCGGGGCAGAGCCUCCCCGUAUGCCCAGCCCCCCGAACAUUCACCAUAAAUUAAGUAUUAAUAUCGACAGGAAAAGCGUCACUCAGCUAGGGUCUUUUCAGUACUUGCAAACUAUCAGUGGCCCUGCUUCUAUGCUAUGACACCCUUGUGUCAUAAGUUCAUGAUCAGUGACUAAAAAUCGUUUCUCGACGUAGAGUUAGCUAAGCAAUGGAUAAAAUAAAGUUCAUUUGUAACUUAAAUGUAUUGACAGAUAUCGACGAGUGCGUAAACCACCCAUGCAAGAAUGGAGCUACAUGUGUCAAUUACGCGGGAAGUUAUCGCUGUGAAUGCAAAUCUGGUUAUACUGGAAAUAACUGCCAAACAGGUGAGAGAUAAUUUCCCGAGCUGUACCUAUACCCAGCUAUACCAUACCACUACUAAAUUAUAUUUUCUCCCUAAUGAGUUCUCAGUCUAUGUUUGGGUUAAGGAAGCCUUCUGGAAAAGGCCACUUCCGAGUUCCAAAAACUCUCACUUUCAAACCUACUGCCUGAGUUCAAAACCUUUCUUGUGGAAAAGAGUUUUAUUUAAAUGAGAAUAAAAAAUCGUAUUCAUAUCAAUGGCUUUCCACUUAGCCUCGGUUUGUAAAAAGAGGCUUGAGGCAACACAGAAGUGGCCUAAUGUCGUAGCAUACAAAAGCUGGUGGAAGUUUGACGAGUAGUAAAAUAACAGCCUACUGCCAUCAAAUAACCAUUAUUCCCAAUUUCUAGACAUCAACGAGUGUGCGCUGGCUCCAUGCCAGAACGGAGCCAAAUGUGUUGAUCUUGUUGCAAGUUAUCGCUGUGAUUGUGUGGCCGGAUACACUGGAAGCAACUGCGAAACAAGUAAAGUGAUUUUUUUCAAAGUAUAUUGUUUCAGCUUUCUUGUAAAUAUUGAAAGGUUAAGUUAAGUGUGAGAUUAAUUCGCAGUUUGGUUGCAGUGAACAACACGACAUGAAUGAAGAAUUUUUCAAUUUAAUUCAUAGAUGUGGACGAGUGUGUGACUGAUCCUUGCAAAAACGGGGCCACAUGUGUUGAUCUUGUUGGAAGUCAUCGCUGUGAUUGCCCUGCUGGAUACAGUGGCAGCAACUGUGAAACAAGUAUUGAAAAACUCAAUUUUUGCAUUUGUAACUUAAAAAUAGGAGAAUGGUUUUAAUCAAUGGUCAAAUGAUUUUCUUCUUAUUCAUAGACAUUGACGAAUGUGCCCCUGCUCCAUGCCAGAACGCAGCCACUUGUGUUGACCUUGUUGGAAAUUAUCGUUGUGAUUGCGUGAAUGGAUACAGUGGAAGCAACUGUGAAACAAGUAAAUCAAAGCUUUAUUUUUAAAGGGGCCAUGUCUUGGCCAGAUGUCCACUUGCUUGAUCAAAACUGAGCUGAAGUUAUAACUAAGUAUUCUCAGCUCAGUCAUCUUUUCUUAUACUUGGAACUCUAAAAAGAAGCAAUUUUAAAUAAAAGACAUGCUCGGUUUUUGGUCAUUUCCGACACCACAGAGUAUUACUUGAAAAGUUACAGUGGUGCUUACUUAUGGAACGAUCUUCCCGAGGAUCUACGCAAAGCAAAUUUUCUAGAUAACUUGAAAAAAAAAAUUCACGGUUUUAAUGCUCAUCAGCACUCCCACACAGCAAAUAUGUAAACAGUCUAUAGAGAAUUUUUUUACUCCAUUAUUUUCUGAUAUUUUAACUGUGCAUAAAUAAAGUCGGUCAUCAUCAUCAUCAUCAUCAGGUUGGACGAAUUUUUGUCAUGCAAGCUGUAAUACAUUUCCAUCUUGAACAUCGAAAGCCAGAGACAUAUACUAAACGUUAUGGUAUAUAUACUUUCUUUAUGAGGAGGGGGGGGGGGGGAUCUUUGAUUCCCACGCGUUUUAAGGGUUUUAAUAGUAUACCAAAAACGCCCAACAGCUCAUUAAACAUAUUGUCACUUCUGAGUGUAGUCAGUUCAGGUAAUUAUAUGCAAGUAAUACUUAACACAAUUCAAUGGUUUUAUUCUAAAAUUCGCAGAUAUCGACGAAUGUGUACCUGCUCUAUGUAAGAACGGAGCCACCUGCGUUGAUCUUGUUGGAGGUUAUCGCUGUGAUUGCGUGCCUGGAUACACUGGAAGCAACUGUGAAACAGGUGAUUACAGGGGGGCCACAAGACAUGUUAAGGCGAACUUCAAAACAUUUCUAGCUUAA